AACCUUCCCUUAGCAGGAACAUCUGGGGAAGCUCUGGAGAACUUCGCAAGCAUGAAAACUCUGCUCGUUGCCUUCUUGGUGGCUAUCAUUUGCACAGAGAAAGUGUAUUCCCUCGCCUGCUAUUCCUGUGAAAAUGAACCUUCCAACUGGAACUGUAUGUCGGUUAAGAAGUGCGCAGAAACAGACAAAUACUGCACUACCGUUAAAACGGUUAGCCGUGGCAGACAGGGUGAGCCCAAUGACUACCGGAUCAGCAAGCGAUGUGCUCCAACCUGUGAUCAAAACUUCAUGGACACUGGGUCAUCAUCCAUCGCUACGAAGUGCUGCCAGUUUUCCUUCUGUAACAUCAGUGGGGCUGCCAGCGUGAAACUGAGCAAUAUGGUGCUGAUUUUGGGAAUCCUGGGCAGUUUCUUCUACAUCUUCCAGUCUAAAUAAGGGAUUGCUCAUAAUUCUUACGAGAAAGAGAGACUAGCAAAUUUCAUCCAAACUCCUGAAGCAUCUCAGAGGCUGUCCUUCUGAACUUAGCAUCAAUACACCAAACAGAUUCUUGGUUCUCCUACGGGAAAAUUGGUCUCUGUUUGCAUAGUACAGAAUAUAAGUUCCUCUUUGUACAUAGAGAAGACCUUUGUAUUAAGUAGUAUUUUUAUUUAGUAUGCACUUGUAUCUAAGUCUAGCACAACUCUUUUUUGCCUCACCAUAAUAAUCCUGGGUAGCUUUAUAGUGAGAGCAUUUAUUAAAGAUUGUCAAGGCCUCAGGCAGCUGGCUGAUGUAGCAUCUUUCUUCCUCUCUACACAAUAAAAUGAUUUUGCAAAACCGGUUUAAUUAAAAAUAACUUCCUACUUCGGUGCACCCAAAGGGCAUCAUUAACCACAUUUUCUUCUUGGUAAUGUUU